GCGGCGGCGCGGGCUAGAGGCGAGGAGGAGGAGGAGGAGGGGGAGGAGGGACUGAGCGAUAGCGACGACGAGGACGAAGACGAGGAGACCGGCAGCGGCGAGGAAGAGGAAGAGGAGGCGGCGGCGGCCGGGCUGGAGCGCAGCGAGGACGCGCGGCUGCAGCGCGCAGGGCUGCCUCCCGCCCCCGUCCCCGCCGCGGCCGCCCGCGACAGGAGCGGCCGCUGCUCGCCGGGGCCCCCGCCGGUGCCACUGUCCUGCUGCCCGAGGAUGCCGUCGUCCGACGACGAGGAGCGCGAGCGUCGCCGGAGCCGCCGGAGGGACCUUCUGCUGAGCCAGCUCUCCUUCCUGGCCUUGGUGGCGCUGCUGCUCUGGUCGCUGUCGAGCGUGCAAGAGCAUAAUGACCUCGACUUCAUGGACCUCAUAGGGGAGGACAGACAGUGGACAGUGGGGAGGAAGUUAAUGCAGGUGAACGACACUCUGACUUCAGAAGAUGCAGGACUCCGGAGCAGCAAGAACUGCACUGAGCCAGCCCUGCAUGAAUUCCCCGAUGACAUCUUCACCAAUGAGGACAGAAGACAGGGGGCGGUGGUUCUGCACGUGCUCUGUGCCAUGUACAUGUUCUACGCACUGGCCAUCGUGUGUGAUGACUUCUUCGUCCCCUCUUUGGAAAAGAUCUGUGAGCGCCUGCACCUCAGUGAAGAUGUGGCCGGGGCCACGUUCAUGGCGGCAGGCAGUUCCGCCCCAGAGCUGUUCACAUCAGUCAUAGGCGUCUUCAUCACCAAGGGCGACGUGGGAGUAGGGACCAUCGUGGGCUCAGCAGUAUUCAAUAUCCUGUGUAUCAUCGGUGUCUGUGGGCUCUUCGCCGGGCAGGUGGUGGCUCUUUCCUCCUGGUGCCUGCUGAGGGAUUCCAUUUACUACACGCUGUCCGUGGUCGCACUCAUCGUGUUCAUUUACGAUGAACAAGUUUCCUGGUGGGAGUCUUUAGUCCUUGUGCUGAUGUAUCUUAUCUACAUUGUCAUUAUGAAAUAUAACGCUUGCAUACACCAGUGCUUCGAAAGGAGGACGAAAGGUGCUGGAAACAUGGUCAACGGCUUGGCCAACAAUGCUGAAAUUGACGACAGCAGCAACUGCGACGCCACCGUGGUGCUACUCAAGAAAGCCAAUUUCCAGCGCAAAGCGUCGGUGAUCAUGGUAGAUGAGCUGCUGUCAGCCUACCCACACCAGCUGUCUUUCUCUGAGGCUGGCCUUCGAAUCAUGAUCACCAGCCACUUUCCCCCCAAGACCCGACUCUCCAUGGCCAGUCGCAUGUUGAUCAAUGAGAGACAAAGACUGAUAAACAGCAGGGCUUACGCCAAUGGAGAAUCCGAGGUGGCCAUCAAAAUUCCAAUUAAGCACACCGUGGAGAACGGGACAGGGCCCAGCAAUGCCCCAGACAGAGGUGUGAACGGGACUCGGAGGGACGAUGUUGUUGCCGAGGCUGGCAACGAGACAGAGAAUGAGAAUGAGGACAAUGAGAACAAUGAGAAUGAUGAGGAGGAAGAGGAGGAUGAGGAGGAGGAUGAAGGACCGUACACACCAUUCGACCCCCCCUCUGGCAAACUGGAAACAGUGAAAUGGGCAUUCACCUGGCCACUGAGUUUUGUCUUAUACUUCACUGUACCCAACUGCAACAAGCCCCGCUGGGAGAAAUGGUUCAUGGUGACAUUCGCUUCCUCCACACUGUGGAUCGCAGCCUUCUCCUACGUGAUGGUGUGGAUGGUCACAAUCAUUGGGUACACGCUGGGAAUUCCUGACGUCAUCAUGGGGAUCACCUUCCUGGCUGCCGGAACCAGCGUGCCCGACUGCAUGGCCAGCCUCAUCGUGGCCAGACAAGGCAUGGGGGACAUGGCCGUGUCCAACUCCAUCGGGAGCAACGUGUUUGACAUCCUCAUCGGCCUCGGGCUCCCCUGGGCCCUGCAGACCCUGGCCGUGGAUUACGGAUCCUAUAUUCGGCUGAACAGCAGGGGACUGAUCUACUCCGUGGGCUUGCUCUUGGCCUCCGUCUUUGUCACGGUGUUCGGCGUGCACCUGAACAAGUGGCAGCUGGACAAGAAGCUUGGGUGCGGGUGCCUUUUCCUGUACGGCGUAUUCCUGUGCUUCUCCAUCAUGACGGAGUUCAACGUGUUCACCUUUGUGAACUUGCCCAUGUGCGGGGACCACUGACCCGCCGGCCGCCCGCCGAGGCUCGGUUCCUUCUUUUCUGUGCAAUACAAGACCUGGUCGCACCUCGAGUCACGCGGGCCCCCGGAGCCAGGGCGUCCGUCUCUCCUGCGCUGUUCACAGGCCUCCGCUCCUGCCUCGGUGGCCCAGGCUGUCCUCCCCUUCCUUUGCUCCCCGUCCUCCUUGGGUCCUACCUGCCACCCAGCCCCUCUCGCCCACCCCUUCCUUCCUCCUCCGUGUGAAGACUUCCGACAUCCACGUGAAUUUUCAAGCUCCAUUUUUGAACAGUGACUGAGAUUCUAGAAAAACUGGCUGCUAACUGGCCCAAGCCAGGCAAAACUUAUUAGAAUCCCUCCUCCUUUUUUAAGUUAUUGGAUGGAAGACUAACCUAAUUUAUGACCUGAGAUUGUCGAAGGAAUAGAGAGGCGAGGGUACGUUGAUUAUAGGGAGUGUUUGGGAUUUUGUUAUAUUUUGAGGUGAUUCCUAGGUUACUGGGUUUGGGGGGUUGUUUCAGUUUGGGGGGCUCCCCAUUUUAUUCCUUUUCUUCCAGAGAUCGAGAGCUUCUCUUGCAUCUUCUUUCACUGGGCUCUGGAUUAGUGGAUGAUCCACAGGUCGGCCCUGCCAUGUCUUAUGGGAUCGAAUCCCAGGCACUUCUCAGUAUGCAUGGAUGUAGUGCUUUAUAGAGGAACAGCAGGGCAAGGCCACUGGGAACAGCUGCGUGACAUUUGGUACCCAAGGAUGCCUCCCUAAAUUCCUGUAGGCAUGUAUAGGGGGCACAAGGUUUUCGAGGAAGAAGACAGCUUCCCACAUGUCCAUUAUGACCAUCACUUUCUCACUAGGUUCUCUCUAGUCUCUCAAGCAAUAGUUCCAGCCUGCCUGAAGCCUUUGGUGAGGGGCCUUGGUUAAACUCUCCAUCCGUGAGGGGGCAGGCGGUCAGCGGUGGAAGCUUCCCAACCUGUGAGUCCCUGAGAUAUGCUCGGGUUGCUUGGUAUUUGGGGUGACAGGGAGUGACCCAGAGGCCACUACUGCUUUUCGUGCAGGAGUUACAGACACUGGUUUUUUUGAAAAUGGAGAAAAGCGCAUUUUGCACAGACGUCGUCAAUAAAGUCCCGAUUUGCCGCUCGGUAUUGACUACACUGGACCCUGACAGCUGGCUCUUGGGCCUGCGUCCUUCCUCACGGGAUGCAACGCCACUGCCAAGCUGCCCCAGCUCCGCCCCUCCCCUCCUGGAGGGAUGGCAAGGGAAGGAGAAGACAAGAACUGACACCUUCGAAACGGCAGAACGUGUUCAAUGCAGACUCGCUCGGGGGCGUAAGUUAUCGUGAACCUCGCUGCCAAUCACUGCUCAGCAGCCCUGCCCGAUUUUGUAUGAAGCUGAAUUAUCAUGCAGACGAAUAAUUCCACCGAGUUGAGACCCACCCAUGCUUGUUACACUUGUAUUUAUUGAAACUGUGGAUUCUUGCCCGUGCUGCCCCUUGUAUUUACUUCAAGCACUGAUCACUUAUCAUUCAUUCGGUAUGGUUUUUCCCGUCCCUUGUACACGUUCUGGUAUGAAUUGUAAAAAUAACCUGCUACAAAUCAGUUGAAUGUUUCUGUCAAUGGUGCAAACCGAGGCCAGCGUUAGCCAACGGGGCACCUGCCCGACGGAGGAACGGGAGAGGAAAUCACCAAUUUGGGCUCUCAGAGCUAAGACACACUUAUUGAUUCUGUUGCACAUUUUGCACUGGUUUAUGGCGAUUGUUUUCUUGGACGGAUAGUGUAAAAUAAACUUCUCUGUUCUGUA